UUAGAUCAGUGAAAAGAAGACGUGGGCGGAGUUGGAUCAGGUCCGGCUCCACCCCUUUGGACUAAAGAAUCUGCAGCGAGUGAUAGUUGAAAGCAGUCCAGGCUGAAAUGUUGGGUGCACUCCAUUAGCUGCCUGGCACAGAAGCCUGCUUCGCUGUGUGGGUGUGGUGAGUCACAAUACAGGGCAGCCAGUCAGAACAGAUUUCAUUUACAUAAUAACUCUUAAAGGCACAGCAAUAAAAACUGCUUUGUAUAAUUUGUCUAAUAAAGGAUAAAAGUGGGAAAAUGGUCAUGUAAAUAUUAACUAUGGCUGUUUUUGGUCUCGAACGCUCGAACGUUACCUCAGAAGAAAAAAAGUACAAGUAAAAUGUAGAAAAUGGGAGAAGGGAGAAAGUUGGAUCCCUUUUUGAGUCGUUUUGACCCUGUCGUCUUCCGCUUCCUCGUUCGAUGUGUAGUUCAUUUCAUCCAUUUCAUCUGUUUUUUUUUAACGCUUUGUCACAAUGUCUGUAAUAAAAAGAAAACAAUGCAUUCAGUUGAGUUUAGUAGGAUGUAUUUUAUUGUGUCGAAAUGAAACAUGGUCGAAGCAGAGGCACAACAUAACUAUUCGUCUCCAAACCUGAAGGGGCGACAGUGGGAGAUGAACCUGUUGAACCCGAGUAACUAUCCAACCACCGUAGAACAAGUCAGGCUCUCAUUAGCUCGGCGGGUCUGUUCACUCAAUUCACAAGAAAAAGUCUGAAUAGAGAUAGAAGACAGAGACUGUAUUCGUGUCAGAUAAUCUGAACAGUUUGUCGUUAUGUGCUAUCAGUGAUAAAGUGCUUUUGACACAUUGUCGUCUAAUAGUUGCUGCUUUUUCCGGCAGAUGGUAACGUUUCUAGCUAGCUUAGCCAAGCUAGCAAGUGAGAUCCGUCCGUCUCGACUGUGAGUGCUAAACCAAAGCAAAGGGCAGCCUUCUGAAGGAGCUUUGUGUUUGCCGUAGGAAUUUCAUCGUUUCUUUUCAGAAGCUGAAACAAUGGCGAGCUCAAAAAACCUGAAAGCUUUUCUGGAGUCCUCUUUGAAUGAAAUAUUCAGAGCGACUGUUGGUAACAUCCUGGACUCUGUUGAUGAGACCCUGUCGGAGUAUCAGGGGGAAAUUCGGCGAAUCAUGUCGGAGAACGAAGAUCUCAGGAGAAGACUGCACGCGCAAGAGGCCCUGAAAAGCCACGUAAAGACCGAGAUUGAGGAUGUUGCUGUUUCUGGUUUGGACCUAUCAAGACAAACUUCCCUUCAUAAUCCAACAAAUACAUCCAUACAGAGCAGUCAAAGAGGCCCAGGCCCUAGGAGACAGUGUGAAGAUCAGCCAAGGAUAACCAGAGAUUCAAAGCCUGGGUUACUGAAGUCAUGCCCUCAACCACCAGCAAGUGGAGCACCUCAAUUAGACAAACAUACGUCAAGUACCAUAUUAACAUAUGUAAAGAUUGACCCCGACUGUGAAGAUGGCUCUGCCAUCAACCUCUCAAAGUGUCAGUCGCCUGUUCAUUUCACAACUAAGUGUAUUAAAGUAGAAAGUCCUGAGGAGAACUGUGUUCCGUCUGAAUGUUAUAGUCCGAUUGGCUUUCCCUUAGACCCCUACAGAGCCAGUGAUAGUGAGGUUAAGGUAACCAUAGUGUCUGAUGCACAUUUGGGCAGUUCUGUAAGUGCAGAUGAAGGAAGCGAUGUGGGUCAUGAUGAAACUGGAAGGUCAGCAUACAGCUUAUCAGAGACGGAGAUUAAUGGUCCGACUGAUCAUGCUGUAGCGGAGGACCAGUCAGAUGCUGGGGUGGCUAAAGAAUCAGAGGAGAGACUUCAAGCGAAGAGGGACCCAUCAAGACAAAGUCCAACCUCAAAAGAGGUGAAACAAAGCAAGAACUUCCACUGCAGUCUUUGUGGCAAAAGCUUCAGUCGCAUGGCGUCGCUCAACAUCCACCUGAAGACUCACAGCUCGGAGAGGGCACACACCUGCAGCAUCUGUGGUAAGGGUUUUAGUCGAGCUGACCUACUGAGAAACCACAAGCGCACCCACACUGGCGAAAGGCCAUUUACCUGUAAUUUAUGCGGAAAGAGUUAUGGGCAUCAGGGCCAGCUCCGAAUACACAAAAGAAUACACACUGGUGAGAAACCCUACUGCUGUCCACACUGUGGCAAACGAUUCAACGAGCACAACCAGCUCAAAGUCCACCUACGAACUCACACGGGCGAACGGCCAUACGCAUGCAGUGUGUGUGCCAAGACCUUCUCGAACGCCGGCAAUCUAAGGAUCCAUCUCAGAAUUCAUACUGGGGAGAAACCAUAUUGUUGUGGUCAGUGUGGGAAGAGGUUUAAUGGCAUGGGUGACCUUAAAACGCACUACCGGAUCCACACAGGCGAAAGGCCGUACAGCUGUGACAUGUGUGCCAAAACCUUUAGCCAAGCUGGCCACCUGACCAUCCACAAGCGGAUGCACACUGGCGAGAGGCCAUACAGCUGUGGUGAGUGUGGUCGAAGUUUCACAGUGGCUAGCAGCCUCAAACUCCACCAGUUAACUCAUACUGGAGAGCGACUCUACAACUGUUCACACUGCAACAAGAGCUUCAGCAGAACUGGACAUCUAAAGAGACAUGAGCAGCUCCAUACAAAGACAUGCACAAGCGAGUCAUCGCAGACAAAACAGCAGACGUUUCACACUACAGACAAAAAGAAAAAUGCAGAAUAGUGAAAAUGACAGAUGUGAAUUGUGAAUAUUGUGGAGAUGCCGCAAUACUUCAAAAGGUAUAACGCAGGACAAAAAAAAUGUUGUGUAAAUGACUCCGUAUAUGUAUCAUUUAACGUGGAUAUAAUUAAGUCCAUAAUUUAAAUGUAAAAUGGAAGAAGACGGUAGUGAAUUGUUGGCUUGGUGUGUUCAGAAAUGUUCUGGCGUAAAGGAAUACUUAAGUGAAAAAGCAAAUUCACACAAUUUCUCCUUACCCCAUGUACAAUUGAUUAGCCAAGACAUGUUUGGUAUCUGAAGUUUGCUUUGACAAAAGUACAGAAAAAAUUCAGGCUUCAA